UGGGGAUCUAGUCUUACUGAAGACGUGGGAGGAAGUUCUCCAGCUGAGCAGCUUUCCCCAACGUGGAAAGGACCACGCAAGGACACCUGAGCUCUCCAACAGACGUUCAACGCCAAGGGAUUCACAGUUCUGGGAGGUGAUCUCUGAUGAGCAUGCCAUCGACUCCGCUGGCACCUACCAGGGGGACAGCGACCUGCAGCUGGAGCGCAUCAACGUGUACUACAACGAGGCCAGCGGUGGCAGGUACGUGCCCCGCGCUGUGCUCGUGGAUCUGGAGCCCGGCACCAUGGACUCUGUGCGCUCGGCGCCCUUCGGGCAGGUCUUCAGGCCAGAUAAUUUCAUCUUCGGUCAGUGUGGGGCCGGAAACAACUGGGCCAAGGGACACUACACAGAAGGCGCGGAGCUGAUGGAGUCAGUGAUGGACGUCGUCAGAAAGGAGGCUGAGAACUGUGACUGCCUGCAGGGUUUCCAGCUGACCCACUCCCUGGGUGGGGGGACUGGGUCUGGGAUGGGUACCCUUCUGCUCAGUAAGAUCCGGGAGGAGUACCCAGACAGGAUCAUAAACACAUUCAGCAUCCUGCCCUCGCCCAAGGUGUCGGACACCGUGGUGGAGCCCUACAACGCCACCCUCUCAGUCCACCAGCUCAUAGAAAACGCGGAUGAGACCUUCUGCAUAGAUAACGAAGCGCUGUAUGACAUAUGUUCCAGGGCCCUAAAACUGCCCACACCCACUUGUGGUGACCUGAACCACCUGGUGUCUGCGACCAUGAGUGGGGUCACCACGUGCCUGCGCUUCCCAGGACAGCUGAAUGCCGACCUGCGGAAGCUGGCCGUGAACAUGGUCCCGUUUCCCCGGCUGCAUUUCUUCAUGCCCGGCUUUGCCCCACUGACCAGCCGGGGCAGCCAGCAGUACCGGGCCUUGACCGUGGCUGAGCUCACCCGGCAGAUGUUUGAUGCUAAGAACAUGAUGGUGGCCUGCGACCCCCGCCACGGCCGCUACCUGACGGCGGCCCCUUUUCAGGGGUCGCAGCCCAUGAGGGAGGUGGAUGAACAGAUGUUCAACAUUCAAGAUAAGAACAGCAGCUACUUUGCUGACUGGCUCCCCAACAACGUGAAAACAGCCGUCUGUGACAUCCCACCCCGGGGGCUGAAAAUGUCGGCCACCUUCAUUGGGAAUAACACAGCCAUCCAGGAACUCUUCAGGCGUGUCUCAGAGCAGUUUACAGCAAUGCUCAGGCGCAAGGCCUUCCUCCACUGGUACACGGGCGAGGGCAUGGAUGAGAUGGAAUUCACUGAGGCCGAGAGCAACAUGAAUGACCUGGUGUCUGAAUAUCAGCAAUAUCAGGAUGCCACGGCCGAGGAAGAGGAGUUUGAGGAGGAUGCUGAGGAGGAGGUGGCCUAGAACGCCCCUUUCCUAGGUAAAGGGGGGAAGCAGUGUGGAUUCUUUACUGUGUUCUGACAGCCACGUGUCACUA